CGGAUUGAUUGAACCUGACCCGGAUCCGAAAUGGAGUCACCGAUUAAAAAGCGCGUCAUUCUCAUAAACGGACCCUUGGUUAUCGGUCCAGGGUUUUCUCUCACUAGAUUUUCUCCACCCAAAGCUAAGCAACAAUGGCUAAUGCAGCAUCUGGUAUGGCUGUGCAUGAUGAAUGCAAGUUGAAGUUUAUGGAGCUGAAGACAAAACGUUCACACAGAUUCAUUGUUUACAAGAUAGAGGAAAAACAAAAGCAAGUGAUUGUUGAAAAGGUUGGCGAGCCUUCGCAAGGAUACGAUGACUUCACUGCCAGUCUUCCUGCAGACGAGUGUCGCUACGCUGUUUAUGAUUUUGAUUUCAUGACACCCGAGAAUGUGCCCAAGAGCAGGAUUUUCUUCAUUGCAUGGUCACCGGAUACUUCAAGGGUUCGAAACAAGAUGAUUUACGCUAGUUCCAAGGACAGAUUCAAGAGAGAGCUAGACGGAAUUCAAAUAGAACUGCAAGCUACAGAUCCAACCGAGAUGGGUCUGGAUGUUAUCACUAGCCGGGCCACUUAAAGUUCGCGAUUAAGGCCAACUGCAAAAAAAAAUGUGUCUGUAGUUAUAAUAGGAUGGUGAAGUUUUGGCGAGAUGACAUAUGUUGUCUAAGGUCAGGAGUUACCAUAAUGUUAUCUUUAUUUACAAGAAUGAUUGCUGUGUUUUCCAA